GAGAAACCGUAGAGAGUUAAUUGUCAGGAUCUCAGAAGCAUGAAUACACUGCAGUGGGUCGUCCUGUUCGGCGUUCUAAAGAUCGUGCUGACAGAAUCACCAGCAUCGCCAAGGCUGUCUUGCAGAACGGUCGGGAAUCACAGCGUACCGGGAAGCUGUACGGCCUACCUGGCUUGUGUGGAGGACGGUACCGGGAUCGCGAGACCCAAGUCUUGUGGUCUCCGUCAGGCAUUUUCUCCACUCCUUGGGCGCUGCGUUGAGGAAACGCAAGUGAAGGGUUGCAAUGUGACCUUAAGGUUGGCCGAUCGAAUGCAGAUCCACGCGCCUUCCCUGGACCCCGUUUGCGCGGACGCCCCCAACCAGUACUUGUGUGCCAAUUGCAAAACGCUGGUUAACUGUAUCAACGGCAAGGCAUUUCCCUCGGCGUGCGGGAGCGGCGACUUCUGCUACAGCGACCACGCGUCCUUCGGCAGCAGCGUCUGUUAUCCUGGGCUCCCCCAGUCCUGCGUGUGUGACGAGAAGGAAGUGUUCUACCAGGACGCUUACGACAGGGGCUCGUUUUUCCUUUGCGAUAAAGACGGGGAAACGCACCUCCACCACUGCCCUGAGGGACAGGUUUUCGACGCGCGGGAGGUGCAGUGCAAGAGCGCGUCGGGUCUUCCUGCUUGCGUGACUCCGGGGGUGUUUGCCGUGCUUGAGGACUGCAGCAGGUACUAUGCCUGCAUAGUCACUGAAGAGGGGUGGCUCCAGCAUGCCUUCACCUGCCCCCAAACCCACGGGCCUUCCAUGUACAACGAGGAAACGGGUCGGUGCGAGGACCCCUGCACCUGGCAACUCCCCGACUUCGUUUGCAAGGAGGAAGGGAGAUUCGCAGACCCGAUGGACUGUCGGAGAUUCUUCGUAUGCACGUUGGACACGGACACAGGCGACUUCCGACAGUUGUCCCGACAGUGCCCCGAAGGCUACGAGUGGGAGCAAAUCGUGAGGGAUGGCACGGGUCGGUGCGUUCCCAUGAGCUCGAAAGAGUGCGAGCCCCGUUACGUCACGCAGUGUCACAUACCUCAGAAUCUCUGCACGUAAGAAUGUGCCACAUGACCUAUCAUUCUUCCUAUUUAUUAAUAUCUGCACGUAAGAAUGUGCCACGUGACCUAUCAUUCUUCAUAUUUAUUAAUAUCUGCACGUAAGAAUGUGCCACAUGAUCGAAUAUUCUUUACAUUUAUUAAUCUCUGCACAUGAAAAUUAUUGCAUGAUUUAGAGCCCAAGAAUCUGGCCGAGGAUUUUAAGCAAACAGCACGCAGUUGGACUACACGGCAUGCUUUAUAAAGCAAUACGUCUGUAAUCACGAUCAUUCAUAAACACACACUUGCGCAUACUUCACAUAUACGAAGACCCACGCACAGAUUAACAUGUGUGUUUGGAUUCGAUCUACACGAAUUCCUAAAUCUUGCACACACUCUGUUGACUCUUAGGCGUGGCAGUUUGCAAUUUGUUUUCGUAGUUCAGGAUAAUAGCUGUAAAGUGUAAAAUAUUGGCUAAAUAGACUCGAUAACAAUAAUAUUAUUGCCAUUAUGAUGUGAAUAUCAGGUUGUCCUGUACCUAUUUGCAUAGUCGUUAUUUAUUUAUCUAUUUCUCCUGAUAUUAAACAUUGAUAUCUUACA